AUUAAAAUGAUUUUUGAAGUUUUAUGAAUAAGUUUACAAAUAAUGUAUCUAAAAGUAAUUAUAUUAACAGUGUUUUUAAUUCCAUUCAUUAAAUCCGAAUUAAAAUGUCCCGAACACUGUCCAGACGAUGAAUCCUUGUAUUUUGAAGGUGAAUAUAAGGGAAGGGAAUGUAAAAGAGAAGAUGGAGAAUAUUUAAUACCAAAAGCGAUUUGUAAUUGUUUUACAAAUUGUGAAAAACGAGUUGGUUUGAAUGAUCAAAAUGUUUAUUGUGAUAACGAUGCUAAUAAAUGUGCUCCAGGAUUAAAAUGUGAUGCAGAAACUGGCAUGUGUGACCUGGAUACAGGUUCGUGCUUUCAUUACAAUUAUUUAGGGCCACCAAACUAUGAGCAUGUAUUACAAUGGAAACCAAAAUGUCUGCCAGAUGGUAGCUACGCACCUGUACAAUGUAAAGGUGAAAAACCAACGGGGAAAUGUUAUUGCUUCGAUGCAACUGGUAAUCGAAUUUUUGGUGAACAAUGGUGGCGUAUUGCUGACAACAUGACUUGUGCUUGUAGCCGACAUCGUGCGGAUUUAGUAGCACAAGGACGUACAGAUGUUUCACUACAUUGUGAUGCGGAAGGAAAUUACGAACCAUUACAGUGUGAUUCAGGUUUAUGUUGGUGUAGUGAUAAAAAUGGUGGUGUAACGAGUACAAUUGUACCAGAAAAAUUAAUGGAAAAACUACCAUGCUAUAAUGUAACAGUGGUUGGUGGCGGAUAUUUACGGAUUUGUGAAAGUGAAGCAUAUGCAUUAAUAAAAAUUAAAAAUGAAUUAGCUGUUCAUGGUACGAUAAACAUUUUGUUUCCAAUACCUAAAUGUGAUUCAGAUGGUAGUUUUGGUAAUUACCAAUAUGACCCAUCGAGAACGUAUUAUUGCUCAUGGAAAGAUGGUUCACGAAUACAAGGCUAUCAACAGGAAUCAAAUACGAACGGAGGAACUUUAAAUUGCAAUUGUGCAAGAGAUUACUGGCAAUCCAAAUUAGAAGGGCGAACUUUUUCAUUAACAUGCUUAGCCAAUGGCGAUUAUAUGCAAUUACAGCAAGUUAACGACGAUUUCUUUUGUGUGGAUUCUGAUGGCUUUGCAGUGAGUGAAAUUAUUCAUAAGAAACCGGAUGAACAAAUCGAUUGUACAGAUUGGAUCUAUCAACCAACUACAGAACCUCCCACGGGAAAUGCCAUACAAGUGACAACUCAAAUUCCGGAAGAUAUUAUUGAUAAUAAUGUCUGAUUAUACCAAAAUAAAA